AUGACAACCCUGCAGCCAUUAUGUCGCCUAGCCAAACAUGUGCAGCGGUAUGAAGUAUCGAUCGGCGGUAUUCAGGCACUCAGUCAGCCCAAAGUGGCCUCAAGAAGGCACUGGGGCAGCCAAUCGACGUCACUUGCAUCGACAUGCUCGUCUACUGCUUGUUUCCCAAGCCAUGAAACGCACAUACUAGGCUCUGCACUCCUCAAGACACGUGCAAGUCCGCCGAGCAGUAGUCAGUCGAACCGACGCAUGCUCAGAGAGCUUUCGAGACGGACUCGACCCUCGUCGGCUGUCUCUACGCAAUGCAGCAGUCUAUACACAAUCUCUGCACGAGUCGGCAACAUACGACUGGCAAGACCGAGUAGAUAUACCCGCCCUGCCGUCAGGACCUUCCAUUCUACGCCCCAACGCAAGGAUAUCUUCUUCGUCUCCAUACCCGCUUUCAAAUCCGUCUUGCUCGGCCUCACGCGUACGGCUCUCCUCAUUCUGCCCUUCUGGUACAGAUGGCGACUGUUCAAGCGAUUCCCAAAAGCAUCCAGGCGGUUAUGGCAAGCGCCUCUCUUCGCAAUGUGUCUUGUCCUUGCGAUUGGGAUGGACCAGAGUCCGAUAACCAAUCGCUGGCGACUGUUGCUCAUGAGCGAACGGGAGGAAAUGGAAUGGUCACAGUCAAGAUUCGAAAAUAUCAUCGAGGAAGGCUUGCUCGUCUUGAAAGCGGAUGACGAACGGGUUGCGCUCAUCAAGAGGAUCUGCGAUCGGCUCAUCACUGUCCUCGAGGACGAUUUGCCCAUCUCUGCGGCCGCUUGGCCACGCGACAUUGAGCAAAUAACAGAGCGAAUCCGUAAAUUUGAGGCGAGGACGAAGAUCAGCCCAUCAGCCAAGAGCUCGGGUGCAGGAAUGCCUUUCAAGCCAGAGACAAGCAACCCGGAGAAGCUGCUUGAUGGGCGUGACUGGGAGAUCUUUGUCAUCGAGAUGAAUAAAGUCAAUGCGCACGUUUUGCCGACUAAGGAGAUCUUUGUCUACACUGGCCUGAUUGAUUUGCUCGAAGGCGACGAAGAGCUGCUUGCGGCGGUGCUGUCACACGAGAUCUCGCAUGUGCUCGAGCGACAUUCGGUCGAAAAUAUGGGCGUCUACGCAUUGACUUCUGUCAUCUUCGACGUCCUUCGAGGCGUCUCUUGGGCUCUCACCAUGUCUUUUCCUCUGGUGUCUGAUGCCCUGGCCAGCGCGUUCAAUUAUUGCGACAAUAUCGUCACGCAGCGUGCGUAUUCUCGCAAGCUCGAAGCCGAAGCAGAUGCGAUAGGCAUCAGUGUCAUGGCCAAAGCCGGUUACGAUCCUCGUGCGGCGACAGAUCUAUGGGCGAUAUUGGCCGAGAUGGAAGCGGACGCGCGUCAGUCGCUUGGCAUCAAGGACAUUGACGAUGUCAAGGCUCUAUUCCUCGAGCGACCCGAAGAAGUCAAGGCGAUGAUCGAUCGAGCACCUUGGCUUCGUACGCAUCCUUCUGAAGAGAAGCGACUUCAAAAUUUGCAAAAGCACAUGCCCAAGGCCCUGAAGAUCUACGACAAGACGAGACGCGAUCAAGCCAGUCCUGUAGCCAAGAUCGUAGCAGAGCUGAAGGGAAAGAAUGUACAGGCGCCUCCGCCUUCCACCGCUCUUUUAUUCCAACUUGACAAGCAGAGCAAACAGCAAAUCGACGCUUCGCUUUCACGCAUUGAAGCCGCGUUUUACCGACUAUCAGCAGAGAUAGCGAUUUACAAAGUGUGUAGCAUCUUCUUCCCGGCCUCUUUCUCGGUCAUCGCAUCCAUCGACGAGCUGUCCAACAUGUCGCUUGAUCCCUAUACAAACCACCCGGCUCUGUCCAAGAAGUACAUGGAACUGCCUCAGGGUGACAAAGUCCAGGCAGAAUAUGUCUGGAUUGACGGUGAUGGUGGCCUGCGCUGCAAGACUACCACGCUCGACAAGAAGGUGAAGUCGCUCGCCGACCUCAAGGAGUGGAACUUCGACGGCUCCUCCACUAAUCAAGCCGCCGGUCACGACUCUGACAUCUUCCUUCGUCCCGCUGCGAUCUAUAAGGAUCCUUUCCGCGGAGGCGAUAACAUCCUCGUCCUCGCCGAGACCUACAACCCCGACGGAUCGCCCAACAAGACGAACUUCCGCUACCACUGCAAGAAGUCCAUGGACGCCUGCAAGGACCAGGAUCCCUGGUUCGGUAUUGAGCAAGAGUACACACUCUUCAAUAACGAAGGACAGCCAUACGGCUGGCCCAAGGGUGGUUUCCCUGGCCCACAGGGUCCUUACUACUGUGGUGUCGGCGCCGGCAAGGUCUUUGCCCGUGAUGUCGUCGAGGCUCACUACCGCGCCUGUCUCUAUGCUGGCGUCACCAUCUCAGGCAUCAAUGCCGAGGUCAUGCCCUCGCAAUGGGAAUUCCAAGUUGGCCCAUGCCCCGGUAUCGCGAUGGGCGAUGAGCUCGUCAUGGCGCGCUUCCUCCUCGAGCGUGUCUGCGAAGACUAUGGCAUUCGCGUCUCGCUCCACCCCAAGCCUCUCAAGGGCGACUGGAACGGUGCUGGCGCUCAUACCAACUUCUCAACCAAUGCCACCCGGGCCGAAGGUGGCAUCAAGGCCAUCCACGAAUACAUCGCCAAGCUCGGCAAGCGACACAUGGAACACAUUGCCGUCUACGGUGAUGACAAUGCUCUCCGUCUGACCGGACGCCAUGAGACCGGCCACAUCUCGACCUUCUCGAGCGGCGUGUCGAACCGUGGCGCUUCGAUCCGUAUCCCACGUAACGUAGAACAGGCUGGCUGUGGAUACCUCGAAGAUCGCCGACCGGCUUCCAACAUUGACCCCUACCGUGUCACUGGCAUCAUGGUCGAGACCACUCUGCUUGAUGCAUAG